UUUCCCACAUCAGGCCACAGAAAUCCCAACUCUAACCUCUCCUCUUGGUAGCCGCCGCCUCCUCUCCUUGGUCUACUCUCUCCGCUCGUUCAGGCACCGGCCUGCGCCUCUCCGCAGCCAUCUCUCUUUCUUCCGUGGCUUAUUUCACGCGCCUCUGCUCGUUCUUUAAGUUCUUGUGUUUGGUGCUUUUAUGGGUGAACGAGAUUUGGUUGAUCAAGAUAAGCUGAUAUUAAGGGGUUUGCAGUUUCAUGGAUUUCAUGGGGUGAAACCAGAGGAAAAGAAGCUAGGUCAGAAGUUUGUGGUGGAUGUUGAUGCCUGGUUGGAUUUAAGUGAAGCUGGUAAAAGUGACAAUUUGUCUGAUACAGUCAGCUAUACUGAAAUUUACAGGAUUGUUAGAGAUGUUGUGGAGGGUCCAUCUCAGAAUCUUUUGGAGUCAGUAGCUCAUCUAAUUGCAAAUACCACAUUGCUGAAGUUUCCACAGAUAUCUGCUGUCCGAGUCAAGGUCGGGAAACCUCAUGUUGCUGUCCAUGGAACUAUUGAUUACUUGGGUGUAGAGAUACUCAGAUACAAAAAGAAUGAGAAACCUGAGUCAAUGUAAGCUGCUGUAUGGGACAUAAUUUAUGUCUGAGCAACCUCUUGGUUUAAGAAGCUUUCCCAUGUAAACAAGCUGUCUUUUGAGCUAUGUAAAAGUAAUCAAAUUUCUUCUCCUUGUUUAAAUUGUCCAUGAAAUUUCAUGACGUCAAUCAAAAAAAAAUGAGACAUUUGGUUGGUAGUUGGAGAUCA